UGUGUUGUUUUUCUUUUCACCAACACUAUUUUCUUUUCCUGCAGGAGUGCAGAUUAUGCAGAAACACGAAACCACACACGUGUCUCAGAAUUUCACCUCAUGGGCUUCUCCGAGGAUACUGAACUGCAGCCCUUCCUCAUAGGACUUUUCCAGUCCAUGUACCUGGUCACGGUGCUCGGGAACCUGCUCAUCAUCCUGGCUGUCACCUCUGACUCCCACCUGCACACACCCAUGUACUUCUUCCUCGGCAGCCUGUCCUUGGCUGACGUGGGGUUCAUCUCCACCACGGUUCCCAAGAUGAUUGUGGACAUCCUCACCCACAGCACAGCCAUCUCCUAUGACGGCUGCUUCAUGCAAAUGUUCACGUUUGUUCUCUUUGGAAGCAUGGAUGAUGUGCUCCUGUUGGUGAUGGCUUAUGACCGCUUUGUCGCCAUCUGUCACCCCCUGCAUUACCAGGUCAUCAUGAACCCCCGCCGCUGUGGCUUCCUACUUUUGCUGUCCUUGAUGGCCAGCCUUUUGGAUUCCCUGAUGCAGACUUUGGUUCUCGUGGGGGUUACUUGCUUCAGCGGAGUGGACAUUUCUAAUUUCUUCUGUGACCCUUCUCAACUUCUCUAUCUUAAUUGCUCUGACACCUUCAGCAGUGACAUAGUCAUAUAUCUUGUUGGCAUCAUAUAUGGCUUUGUCCCUAUGUCAGGGAUCUUUUACUCUUACUACAAAAUUGUGUCCUCCAUUCUGAGGGUCCCAUCAGCAGGUGGCAGGUACAAAGCCUUCUCCACCUGUGGCUCUCACCUCACAGUGGUAUGCUUAUUUUAUGGAACUGCUUUCGGAGUGUUUCUCAGUUCAGCCUUCUCACUUUCUGCUUGGAAGCGUGCUAUGGCCUCAUUGGUGUACACGGUGGUCACCCCCAUGCUGAACCCCUUUAUCUACAGCCUGAGGAACAGGGACAUCAAGAGGGCCAUGAGGAGGCUCCUGAGCAGUGCAAGGUGGCCCGAAGGCCGCACCGCUCCUUCUCCCGCCAUCACCGAGUCUCUGGCUCCGUGCCGCUCCUUCCCCCCGGUGCUCACCGAGUCUCUGGCUCUGCGCCAGUGUCCCAGGCAGCUGGCGAUCGCGCCCCGAGUGCGCCCUGCGCUGCCUCCACUGCAGUUGCUGCUGCAGGAUCCGCCGGCGCCCCCCGCCUCGGGCCCCAGGGCGGGCAUUUCCCCAUUGUGA